AUGUUGCAGGAAUGCCGUGAUAGCACAUUGCACAUUGCUCAUGCACAUGCCAAGGCGGACGAAGCCGGGAAUCCGUUGGAGUACUCCUCUCGCUCACUCUUGCAUCAAGUUGCUUGUGAAAGAGUUCAUAACCUUCGAGGAUCAAAUCUCUGGGCAUCUACGGAAAGUAUCGCGGAUUUAGAAGAUCGACCGCUCCUUCCAAGCUUUCGUUACUGGUAUCGGAACGAAGAGGUAUACAGCAGUGAUAGCGCUUCUACAAUGCCCACUACAUGCUUUGAUCGUGACAGGGACGAGUAUGCAGAAACAGGAAUGCAAGGCGGAUCUACGUGGCGAUUGAAGUUCCCAACGUUUCUCCUCGGCACCGACGAAGGCCAUUUGCCGACUUGCGCGGAGAUCAAAAACCGUAUAGACUUUGAGCUUCUUUGCCUUCGAUAUCCAUUCCAGCGUCUAUUAGAAUCUCUUGCAGUAAUACCUAUACGAAUUCUCGGCCUUGUAAUUUGGAGUUGGCUUGGAGUAUUCGGCACAUACAUGUUGCGUGUGGCGUAUGGUGAGACGCUCGAUUCUACCUACUACAAGCCGGCCGAGAGGAACGCUUAUGAUGCGUCUGGCGUUGGUUGCAAGGAUGGAGGAACGAAAGGUCGUGAACAUACAGUUCCGUUUCCGAUUCCGCCAUUGAUAGCAUCAUCUCAGUACCUCAACUCUGAGGAAAGCGCAUGCAAGGGAGCAACGUUUCAUAUGCAUCAAAUCGACUUCUUGCUGUCUGCUGGGGAGCCUUGGAUCAAUGCAAAGACUGUUCUGAAGGAACACGAACGGUAG